AUGUCCACCGACGUCACGGCUCCCGCCUCCGACACGCCCGAAACUCUCGACGUGCUCAGCGCCCGCCACCGCAAAGAACAGCGCGAUCUAGUCUCCCGCAUAACCCAGAAGAAGAAGCAAGCUACGAAGAAGACUCGCAAAGGCGUCAACGAUGAAUGUGAGCGUCUAGAGCAGGAGCUGAAGGAGCGGCAAGCAGAAGAAGUGCGUGUUCUGAACGGCGACGGCGCAGAAAAUGUUGCCGAGGAAGCAGAAAGCGAGGAAGAAUCGGCAAACGAAGGAGACGCAGUAAUCUCAGCCCAGAUCAACAAGUUAAGCAUAAACGGCACUGCAAGCUCCCCCAACCCUUCUGCGCAGCCCUCAGCCGAUGGCGCAGGCAAGAAGAAGAACCGGCAGAAAGAGCGCCUCGCACGCAGAAAAGCAGAGCAAGACGCCGCCGUGCGCCAAGCAGAGGAAGAAGCACGCAACGCGCCUAACCCGCGCGAGCUGGAAAAACAGCGUUUCGAUCCUCUGCUUGAAGAGAAGAAGCUUGCGUUGCACGAAAUCCGCGCAGACGGCCACUGUCUGUACGCCGCUGUUGCGGACCAACUUUCCAACCGCAGUCUGUCCCUGCAGCCCCGUAUCGCUGUCACGACUGCGGACGGAGAGGAGGCGUUGCCGUACAGGAAGGUCAGAUAUGCAGCUGCUGGCUGGAUAGAAGCGCACGCUGGUGAUUUCGAGGCGUUCAUGGAAGACCCGCUGCCAGAGCAUGUGCGCAAGAUUCGCGAGACUGGGGAGUGGGGCGGCCAUUUGGAGUUGCUUGCGCUGGCGAAAAGCUACGAGGUGAGGAUUUGCGUGUUGCAUAGUAGUGGGAGGGUGGACCGGAUUGAGGAUGAAGAGCAGAAGGGAGAUAAGGAGGAGAUAUGGCUGGGGUAUUACAAGCAUAGUCACGGUCUGGGUGAGCAUUACAACAGUCUGCGCAAGGUUCAGGCAGGGGGAAAGGGUGAGGGUCAGGCUGAAGGAGCUUGA